CAGCCCGCGCUCCUGGCGCCCAGCAGCCGCCGCCGCCAUCGCCAGGGGGUCCCGGCCCCGCUCCCGGCACCGGCCCCGCUCCCGGUCCCGGUCCCGCUCCCGGCUCCAGCCGCUGGGCUCCGGGCGAGCCCCGUCCCCCCGGCCGGGGCCGCGGCGCGGUGCAUGGAGCGGCAGGGCAGGAUGGACUGCCCCGCGCUGCCCCCCGGCUGGAAGAAGGAGGAGGUGAUCCGCAAGUCGGGCCUCAGCGCCGGCAAGAGCGAUGUCUACUACUUCAGUCCAAGUGGUAAGAAGUUCAGAAGCAAGCCUCAGUUGGCAAGAUACCUGGGAAACACUGUUGAUCUCAGCAGUUUUGACUUCAGAACGGGAAAGAUGAUGCCCAGUAAAUUGCAGAAGAACAAACAGAGACUAAGGAAUGAUUCUCUCAAUCAAAAUAAGGGAAAACCAGACUUGAAUACAACUUUGCCCAUCAGACAAACUGCAUCAAUUUUCAAACAACCCGUCACCAAAGUCACCAACCAUCCGAGUAACAAAGUGAGAUCCGAUCCGCAGCGAGUGACAGAACAGCCACGGCAGCUUUUCUGGGAGAAGAGGCUACAAGGCCUCAGUGCGUCGGAUGUCAGUGAACAAAUCAUAAAAUCCAUGGAGCUCCCUAAGGGUCUUCAAGGAGUCGGCCCAGGUAACAACGACGAUACCUUGUUAUCGGCUGUUGCCAGCGCUUUGCACACCAGUUCGGCACCUAUCACGGGACAGCUCUCCGCAGCUGUGGAGAAGAACCCAGCCGUCUGGCUCAAUACAUCUCAACCCCUCUGCAAAGCUUUCAUAGUCACAGACGAUGACAUUAGAAAACAAGAAGAGCGGGUGCAACAAGUGCGUAAAAAACUGGAGGAAGCACUAAUGGCAGACAUUUUGUCACGGGCGGCUGAUACGACAAAAGAUAUAGAGGUAGAAAUGGAUAAUGGAGAUGAAGCAUAAAAAGAAAUCAGGUACUUUUAACUGACUUGUCCCAGGAGGAAAUUCCCAAAAGCCAGAGGCACUUUUUCCUUCGGUCUUUCGUUAUAAGAAGAAACGGACCCAUGCACAUUUAUAUAGCUUUCUAAUAGCAUUAAAACCAAUGCCUUUUUUAGACUCCUAUUUUUGAUGUAUAUAUCUUAUUUGAAAAGCAACUUUAUUUUGUGUCCUAUGACUUAAAGUCCUUUUUUAAGUAUCAAACAUUACCCUUAAUCUAAAGCUGAGCUUUUGAUGCCAGGUUGCAAACCUACUGGAAUUAUAUUGCCUGUAUUAAAUAUUUGUUGUUUUUUUUUUUUCCUGUGGUUUUUAGUAAGGAUGGAUCAGGAGAACAGAGUGAUUUCCCAAUUAAAGAUUAUUGUGACUCUGUAUAUAAACAGAUUUUUAUACCUAUGGGUGAAAACACCUGUACAUUCUUCCGUCAUCACUGUAAAGAUAAAUAAAAGAUUAUAUUCCAA